AUGAUAGUUUAUAUGAUAGUUUACAUGAUAGUUUAUAUGAUAGUUAAUAUGAUAGUUUAUAUGAUAGUUUAUAUAAUAGUUUAUAUGAUAGUUUAUAUGAUAGUUUAUAUGAUAUCCUCAAACCAUCCGAAUGGCUGCGGCCGCACGCCAGCCAGAACUAAACCCCAGGAGACAACAGUCAACCCGAUUGAGCGAACAACGGCCAGACUUUCCGGCCAUAUCACACGCCCUCCCUCGGGCAGUCGGCUCAAGUGUACACAGGAGGAGGUCAAAGAGGCGGCGUGUUUGAAUGGAGGCACAUGUUUUGCUAUGGAUCUCAUAGAUUCCAGGAGUGCUUACUGUCAAUGUACAGAAAUAUGGCGGGGCACGCGCUGUGAGGAAUUCGACGAUAGCGUUUUCGUGUUGUCGGCAGACAAAGUCGAAAAAGCCGGAAUCGCCGCAGGAGUUGUAGUUCUAAUUAUCAUUACAACAGUGGUCAUCGUCUAUCUGGUGGUCAAGAAGAGGAAACAGAGAAAGGAGAGAGCCGAGGCCAACGGAAAUGCCAAUGGACAUGCAGGAAAGGCGUUGAUGAAGCAUCACGUGACCACAGCAAAUGUGAGACUGUGGACAGUAAAUUUGACAGUCUCAUACUGUAUCAGCGUCUGA